UCUUCACAAACUUGUAUUCGCAAACGUAUUAGAAAAACAUUUGUAAUUCAGUCUGAACUUCGUUGCUAAGUUUGGAUCUGCCAUUAAUUAGCUUUCACUGUCAAUAUACAAAUAGAACAAGUGAACGAGAAUUUGUCAAUGUCUUUUCUUGAUCACGUGACCAUGGCCACAGUUGGACUGGAUAGAGAUGGAUUUCCACGUCAUCUUACGUCUCAAAAUUUCUGCCUCGCGGAUACCCCUACAACUCUGGUAAGAGGCACGCGCACAUGAGAGCUAUGUCGUGGGCGUUGCGUGUAGGUCUCGCUAGCCCAAGCUAGAAACUGCGCGGGUACAAUGAUGGAUUUUGACGAGAGAGUUUCCGUUGGGUCCAACAUGUAUCUGCCCAGCUGCACGUAUUACGUUCCGGGGGCUGAUUUCUCCACGUUGCCCUCUUUCAUAUCCCAAAGUCCGUCUUCUCGUCCCGUCACCUACUCUUACUCCUCUAACCUGCCUCAGGUACAACAUGUCAGGGAGGUUACAUUCCGGGACUAUGCUAUUGACGCGUCUGGUAAAUGGUCUCACCGGGGUCCGCUGGGUCAGUGUUAUCCGUCGGAGGACAUAGUACACAGGGAGUGUUUACCAGCAGCAACGACAGUUGGUGAAAUGUUCCCCAAGAAUAAUGCAUCUGCGUAUUAUCACUCAUCGAACUCGACCUCCACUACCAAUUUCUACGGUAGUGUUGGAAGAAACGGGGUGCUUCCUCAAGCAUUUGACCCGUUUUUUGACACCGCCUGCGGGGGCUCGGACAGUGUAGCGAACAGCGACUAUGCAGCGAGGGAUAAAAUGCACUCCAGCAAACAGCCAACACCAGCGCCCGCACAGGAGCAAGAGUCCGAAGGAAAGGAGCGACAGGAGACCAGCAGCCCCGAGUCUUCUUCCGGAAACAACGAGGAAAAGACCAGCGGUGCAAGCAGUAGACCCAGGGUUCGCAAGAAGAGAUGUCCCUAUACAAAAUUUCAAAUCCGGGAGCUCGAGAGGGAAUUUUUCUUCAGCGUGUACAUUAACAAAGAGAAACGAGUUCAGCUCUCACGGAUGCUUAACCUCACCGAUCGCCAAGUGAAGAUUUGGUUCCAGAACCGGCGGAUGAAGGAAAAGAAACUAAACAGGGACCGAUUACAGUACUACAGUACCAACCCACUGCUAUAGGACAAGGAAAUAACAGAUACAAAUAUACAACAGCUGCAGUAAUAAGAUCACACACGAGACCUUAUACAGACUCUCAGUGGUUAACUUCAAUUUCGAGACAAGAAGGAACCUUUCACUAGAGUGAGCACAUAGAGGACAUUGGAAUUCACAGUUUAAAUACGGGUUGUUUUGUGCUCGUAAUAGAUAAACGUGUACAAUUCAGUGGCGAACAGAAAUUAUUUAAUUAAGAGCUUGUGGUAAACACUGAACAUGGACUAGCCCACUCCGCUUGCGAUUUGUGAUGGACUACACGCGGAGAUGGACUACAACUGGCUGAAAUAUUUGGGUUUAAGAAAGGAAAGGCUUUUGACAAGCCAUUCAGUGCGUGUCCAUUUGUGUGGAGAAAUGGAGCAAUAACACUUUCUUCGCCGUCUCUCGGGAAUGUAAAUGACUCAUUACAAACUGUGUAAUGAUUAUAUUCUGAUCAU